AUGACAGGAGGCAUAUCUGUUGCCGAGUACCUUUUCCGCCGUCUGCGCGAGGCAGGAUCCCACGCCGUUCACGGCGUUCCAGGUGACUACAAUUUGAGACUUCUCGACUACGUGAUUCCCUCGGGACUCGAAUGGGUUGGAAACUGCAACGAACUGAACGCGGGAUAUGCGGCGGAUGGCUACGCGCGCAUCAAGGGUAUCGGCGCCAUCGUGACGACGUUCGGCGUCGGCGAGCUGUCAGCUAUUAAUGCGAUUGCGGGGGCUUAUGCAGAGAUGGCACCGGUCGUGCAUAUCGUUGGGACUCCGAACCGGAGCGAUCAGGAUAAUGGUGUGAAGCUGCAUCAUACGUUCUGUCGGGGACAGCCUGGAGAUUACCGGAUCUUUGCUGAGAUGUACGAGAAGGUCACUGUCGCGCAGGAAAAUAUUGUGGAUGUCGCGACUGCAGCGGCGCAGAUUGACCGUGUUCUUCGCGAGUGUUUACUCCAGUCUCGACCUGUUUAUCUUCAGGUUCCCAUGGAUAUGGUGGAUGCUAUUAUUCCAGGAACGCCGCUCGCACAAGUGUUUGAUCUCACUCCAGCGCCCGGCGAUGCAAGACUCGAGCAGGAAGUUUGCGACGCUAUUCUCGAUCGUCUGCGGACUUCUUCCAAACAGUUUAUUCUGGUUGAUGCUGGGACCCCCCGCUACGGACUCACCAGUCAGACGCACGAGUUGAUUAAAGCCACCGGGUUCCCAACUGCCACCACGCCGUUCGGCAAGGGUAUCGUUGAUGAAACGUUGCCUAAUUUCCACGGGAUUCACGGAACUGUCGGACCCCACACAUUCACUUCGUACGUCGACUCUUGCGACUUGGUCAUCAACAUCGGGCCCGCUCACAGCAAUGUCAACACAUACUACUUCGUCACAGUCCCGAAGCCGGAAGUGACCAUCUCUAUUGAGAGGGAUGCUAUCCACAUUGACGGCCGCACAUGGAACGUAUCACCACAAGGAGUCCUUCAAAAGGUUCUAGAGAGCUUGCAGGAGAACCCACUAGCCAAGCCUACCUCAUAUCCCGAGCUCCCCAAUCUGCACCAGGCUCUCCAGUCCCUCCCUCCCGUCGAUCCCAACGCCAAACUAACGCAAGACACAUUCUGGUACCGCAUGUCAUCUUUCUUCCGCGAAGGCGACAUCGUCCUCACCGAAACCGGGACCGCUAGCAACGGAAGCCGUGACUUCGUUCUACCCCAAAACACAGCCCUCAUCAACUCAGGCAUCUGGCUCUCCAUCGGAUACAUGCUCGCCGCAACACAAGGAGUCGCGCUUGCCCAGCGCCAUCUCACUCAAAGUGAUCACCCCCUCUCAAACGGCCGCACAAUCCUCUUCGAAGGUGACGGCAGUUUCCAAAUGACAGCGCAAGAGCUGAGCACUAUUAUCCGGCAGAAGCUGGAUGUCAUCAUCUUCAUCAUCAAUAACAACGGUUACACGAUUGAACGGCUUAUCCACGGACCGCAAGAAUCGUAUAAUGACGUUGCAUCGUGGCGAUUUCUCGAGGCGCCGUCGUUCUUUGGGGCGGAGGGAGCGGAUUCGUCUUAUCCUGUCUACACUGCGAGGGCGACUACGUGGGGAGAGCUUGCGGGUGUUUUAGGGAGGGAUGAGAUGCGUGCUGGGAAGGGGUUGAGGAUGGUGGAGUUGAUGAUGGAAACGAUGGACUCUAAUGAUACUUUGAGGUUGAUGCUGGAGCUAUGGAAGAGCAAGAAGGCUGAAUAG